AUGACGGAUCGAGGGAACGGAGAUCGGCUACAAAAUCUGAUCAUCUUGGACGUGUUCCUUAUCGACAUCCAUUCUCAAUGUCCUAUGGCGGAACCGCGUAUGUCGUCGAGGCCGAUACAGAGUUGUUUUCAAUGCCGCAAGCGUAAGAUAAAAUGCAAUAGGGCGUACCCCUGUGCUCCAUGUAUGUUACGAGGAGAGGGCGGUCAAUGCAGGGAGGUAGACCGGAGCAUCGUUGCGUCAGGCAAGACUACUGUAGAAACGCUCGACGACGUCCUGGGACGGUUAGCUGUUCUCGAACAGACAGUGUCGAAGCUUGUCUCCUCUGGUGACCAUGGGAAGGAAAAAGAAAAAGUAAAGGACAAGGAGAAAGUGCGCUCAGCUAUUCGGUCUUCGUUUGGUGUUACUUCGACGGACGAAGACGUUGCGAUGAUGCUGGAAGACUUUGCUAUGGGACACCGCGUGAAUCGUAGCAGAGCCACGCAAGAUUUUGACGUGACGAACAACAACGAAGAUCCGUAUACGUCUGCUAGCCCCUCCAGUGGACACCCUUUGCUCCUUCUACUGGAUCCUGGUGUCAAUGCAAUAGCGAGGUUAUUAUCGAUGCUUCCAGACGAAUUGAGGAGCCGCACGUUGGUGCAGUUUUAUUUCGAGAGAUUGGAAUGGUAUUCAAAAGUUUUACACGCACCCACGUUUAUUAGUGAGCUGAAUAUCCUCCUAAUGCAAAAAUCCAACGAAAGCGUGGGAAUGGUUCGCGUCUCAUUUCUUGGGGUGUAUUUCAUGAUAUUAUGUCUAUCACUGCACCUGAUAGAACCGUAUGUUUGCGAGCGCAUUGGCUUUGACCUUUCUACCGCGUCGGAAUUAUCGAAACGGAUGUACUCUGCUGCGCAAGCAUGUUUGCAUUACGACGACUUCUUAGGAGCACACUCCUUGGAGCACCUGCAGUGUAUCUUGCUUAUGGGCGUGUAUCAACAAAAUCUAGACGAAGCUGAUACGCAUUGGGCGUUACUAGGGUCUGCCAUCAAGAUAGCCCAGAACCUUGGUAUGUCUCGGUUAGGCUCUGAAUCUGACGAGCGGACAUACAGCGCGACAUGGAGAUCUCUAAUCAAGCGGGAGACAGCACGUAGAGUAUGGUGGAAUCUUAUAUUCAACGACUGGUCGCAUGCCGCCGCGCAUAAUGGUACAUAUUCCAUACACCCUUCGCAAAACCAUACAGGGUGGCCGGCCAAUGUGAAUGACGGGGAUCUCGUUGACGAUGGUCGACUGCUACUUUGCCGACCUAUGGAAGAAUACACAGAAAUGACGUUCUCACUUACACGUCUACGGUUUGUAGGUCUGUAUCGGGAGAUCGUGGAUGAGAUGCAGGCGCCAACGGGUUAUAGUUUUGUUGGAGAGAUGGAUAAGCGGCUGGAAGAAAUGGUGGAAGGCGUGCCCAGGCAUUUCAUAACCGACGACAACAGCCUGGCGAUUGACGAUGGGGUGAAAGGGCUCGAGCUGACGUUGUGUUUGAUCAUGGGUGAGACGAGGCGGUUGAGGCUGCAUAGACCGUAUCUAUUCAGAGGGUAUAAAGACCGCAAAUAUGUGAAAUCUCGUGAACAAUGCAUAGCAUCCGCCCAAGCAAUAUUGGACCAUCUUAAAUCCGACGACGAGCAAUCCGCUAUCCUCCUCAAGUGGUGGAUUGUGCUGUUCUAUGGUUUCGCUGCCGCGGUGGUUUUGUUCAUUGACCUGUGCCAUCAGAAAGCGGCUGACGAUGGACAGAGUCUGGAUCAGCGGAGGGCAGAGCUUCGGCAGGUGCUAGAUCUUUUCAAGACUGCAGAACAUAUAUCCGUGGUCUCGAGGAAUGCUAUUGCGUUAUUGGAGGGAUUAUUGACUGCCGAACCGGACCUCCCAUCAAAGCCUUCAAGGAAACGGGGGCGGGAUAAGAUAGAUGACGAGAGCGAGGGAGAACCGUUCGAGCGCAUUGUCAAGCGGAUGAUCAUCGAUGCAUCGAAAAACUCAAGCAGUCCGGGGUCUGUGUCCGGUUCCAGUUCUAAGUCGAGUACAUCCCCCACAGCGAUCAUGGCGCCGUUCCAUAUUCCUCGUCCAAGUUACAAACUGUAUCCCGACGUCAUGCUAGAUGGACCAGGUUUGGGAUUUGGGGAGACGACGAUGGCAGAGCUUGCGGGCUUACUGUAUUCAUCAGAUUAUGGAUGGUCGAUGGACGGAUUUGGUGUACAUUAUCAGUAG